AUGCAUCGCCCAGAUGCAGAGGCCGGGGGUCAUCCUCCUUUUCUAGAAAACCCUCUUAAGGUCAAGAGUUCAAAUAAGAUCGAGGAUGUCGAGGCUAAAAUGCGUGAUCACGAUCUAGACAUGCAGGGUCUUAUCUUUGCUGGCAAGAAGCUGGUGCAUGGCGGCACCCUGGCAGAUUACAACAUUAAGAAUCUGAGCACCCUACAGCUUGUCCUUCACAUGCGUAUAUUUGUCAAGACGCGGACUGGCAAUAUCAUUGAUCUUGCGGUUAAGAGUUCAGAUACCAUCAAGCAUGUGAAGGCGAUGAUUCAGAGUCAGGAGGACGUUCCUUGGGAUGAGCAGGGUCUCAUCUUUGCGGGCAAGCGGCUGAAGGAUGGCCGCACCCUUGCAGAUUACAACAUUGAGACUUUCUGCACCUUUGAGCUUGUCCCUUUCCCUUUCCUGCAUCUGAAAGUCAAGCAGCUGACCGGCGAGAUCAUUGAUCUUGCGGUUUUGAGUUCAGAUACUAUCGAGGAUGUCAAGGCGAUGGUUUAUGAUCAGGUGGGCAUUCCUUCGUACAUGCAGCGCCUCAUCUAUGCCGGCAAGCAGCUCGAGAAUCACCGUACCCUGUCGGACUGCAAUAUUCAUAAGUUGUGGGAGUGCGGGCUUCUCCUUGCCCCGUACAUCGCAAGGAAUAGUGCGAUUCACAUCAAGAUGCUGACUGGCAAGACCAUUUUUCCUGCCGUUAGCAUUAGAGACACGAUUAAGGAUGUCAAGGCGAAUAUUCACAAGGAGGAGGGGAUUCCCCCAUCCCAACAGUGUCUCUUCUUUUCCGGGAAGCCACUACUGCACAAUGACUGCACCCUGGGGAGCUACAUCAGCGGGGAUUUGAACGUCAUCGUCAUUCACCUUCUGUAUCGGCGAGCGCUGCAACCUCGUCGGAUUGUGGACAGAGCGCGCAGGCUGCGGAACAAGCAGGAACUUGUGCACGGCUGUGCGUAA